CACUCAUAUAUACACACACUCUACACAUUCACACUGAGUUUGGAUCAUCUAUUAUCCACCUCUGAGAGAACACAUCAUGAUUUUUUGGGUGAUUACCAGUCUGCUGCAGGAGUUUCUUGCAGUUGCAGGUGAAGUCCUGGACCCGUGCUCUGCCUACAUUAGCCUGAACGAACCCUGGAGGAACACAGACUACCACGUCAACCAGUCUUCUGGCGUCCCCCUGUGUGACAGCCACAUGUCUGGAGAAUGGUACCGCUUCACUGGCAUGGCCGGGGAUGCCAUGCCCACCUUCUGCAUCUCUGAGAAUCACUGUGGCACCCACGCUCCCAUCUGGCUAAAUGGCAGCCACCCUCAAACUCAUGAAGGCAUUGUCACCCUGCCUGUGUGUGCCAGCUUCAAUGACAACUGUUGCCAUUGGAACGCCACUGUAGAUGUGAAGGCCUGCACUGGGGGAUACUUUGUCUACCGCCUGCCAAGACCCUCAGUCUGCUUCCAUGUUUACUGUGGCCAUUUCUAUGACAUCUGUGAUGAGGUGGACUGUGCAGGACCCAGAUGUCCUGAGUCUAACUGUCGCUGUGGACCUGGAACUCUGUUGGGACCAGACAAACAAACAUGCCUUGAUGUGAAUGAGUGUGAGAGAGGCAACGGUGGCUGUGCAGAGGUAUGUGUGAACACCAAAGGCUCCAGGCGCUGUGAGUGUGGGCCAGGCCGUGUGCUGGACAAAGAUGGACGCAACUGCAGAGAGAUAGCAGGCUGUCACGUUAACAAUGGAGGCUGCAGCCAUGGUUGCUCCUCGCUGCUGGACUCCUAUCAGUGUCACUGCCCCAGAGGCCUGGAGCUGGGAGAAGAUAAACGCACAUGCCAGGUGCCAGUCCAGUGUGAUUCAAGCUCUAUUACAGUGUCAGUUCCUAAAGACCUUGUAGGGGGACUGGAGCUCUUCCUGUCCAACUCGUCUUGUCGAGGUGUCUCCAAUGGCACACACAUCAACCUCAACUUCAGCCUUAAGACCUGCGGCACAGUGGUGAAGGUGACAGAUGACAAGAUUGUGGGAACCAACCUGGUGACAGGCCUUCCCAGGAGCAGCCCAGGCAGCAGCAGAGACUUGAUAGUCCGCACCAGCAAGUUAUUGCUCCCAGUGACCUGUGAGUUCCCCAGGGAAUACCACGUGUCGGACGGGUACCAGGCAAGUCUGCGCAGUUCGGCCCUGGAGCUGGCAGGCCACAGUGAGGGAGUGUUCCCCUUCUCCCUGGAGCUCUUCAAGAGUGCAGAGUUCUCGGAGCCCUACCGCACCCCACCCCAGCUCCGCCUGCAGGACUCCCUGUUCUUCGGUGUAGAGCCCAAGGAGAAAGUGGAGGGCCUCUCUGCACUGGUGGAGAGCUGCUUUGCCACACCAGGCCCCAAAGCUGACCAGGCUCUCAAGUAUUACCUCAUCAGAGAUGGGUGCAUCUCUGACGAAGCAGUGACACAGUACUCAUCAAAGGACCAGCUCUCUAAGCACUACCAGGUCCCCGUCUUCAAGUUCAUCGGCAAGGACAACCAACAAGUGUUCCUCCACUGCCAGGUGUUAGUAUGCGGUGCAGGAGACUCCCGCUGUGCUCAGCAUUGUCGAGGACGUGUCCGACGGGAGGUUCGGACUACUGAACCUCAGGAGCAGCACACACUGAGUGGAGGCCCCAUCUUCAUCCUGCCUUAGCUGUAAUGCACAACAUACUACCAGGAAACACCAUGAGAACAGGCCAGCAGCACAAGCAAGGCUCACAAAAUUUACAUUUACGUCAGUUUAUUUGGUAUUUAAAACACCAAACAAAUGUGGACAUACACGCACAGAAUAAUCUAUUGCGCUGUCCCUCUUAAAGUCUCACAUAUACACGUCUACAUGCAGAUGCACAGCGGACACACUCCCCUUUUUUCCCAGUUCCAAUGUCACUCGCAUUGCUGCAGAGCACUUGAAUUCUAGUUAAUAUAU